AUGAGUACCGUGAAAGAGUAUUCAGUUAGAUUUAACUCCCUUGCGAGGUUUGCACCCGGGAUAGUGAGUACUCCCGAGUUGAGAAGAGAGAAAUUUGUUUACGGGUUAAGGCCAGAAAUAGCCCGUGACAUUAUGACAGGAGCAGAGCCCCCUCAUACCUAUACUGAAGCAUUGGAGAGGGCUUUGAGAGCGGAAAUUUAUGUGAACAAGAUGAGUUUAGAAGGGCCAUCCAUGAAAGUUCAGAAUGAACCGUCCCCUACUCCACAGAAAGAAAUAGUUGAGGUAGUGAGAGGUAGAGACAUGAGAAACAAAAAGAGAUUCCAGCCAAAGAAAAAUAGGGGCGAUUGGCAGAGUAAACGGCCUAGAACUGCUGGAGUCACUCCGUGCCCUAAGUGUGAGAAGUAUCAUUUGGGGGAGUGUCUAAAAGAGUUUGGUCCGAAUGUUUGUUAUAGGUGUUGCCAGCCAAGGCACCUAAUGAGGGAUUGUAAAACUCCUCCUCCACCAACAGCACAAGCUUCUAGAGGUACGAAUGCCAGGGUGUUUACCAUGGCACAGGGUGAGGUAGAGGCCAGUCCAUCAGCUGUAACUGGUCAGUUAUUCUUUCAUGUAGUUCCUCUUUAUGCUUUAAUUGAUUCUGGAGCCACGCAUUCUUUUUUAUCUCAUGGGAUGAUAGAAAGAUUAGGUCUGAAAUCUGUUGUGGUAGACCAACCCAUUAGGAUAGAAUUACCUGAUGGGGGAAGUAUGGAGUAG